AUGGCUAAACGUAAAUUGAACAUGGACUCUCUAACUGGUUAUUUACACAAUGUCUCGACAGUUACUUUAUCAGCAAAUGGUAAAACAAAGUACUUUACAGGAACUUUUCAAAUGACCAAAACAGAUACCAAGAGACUUGUUUGUUUUGCACAUGAUAAGCAUGAAAAAUUCGUCUCCGCUGCAACCAUGAAUUCACCAGUAAAAUUGACAGGUGCAACUUUAAGCCCUGGCCGUUCUGGCCAAAUUGACGUGAUUUGCAACAAAUCAACAACACUGCAAGUGGCAAUGAAUGAAUUAACAUUCAAGAAGCAAAAGAUACAAACAAAUGACGAAUCCGAACCAAAAGAUUUAAUCAACUUGUCCGAGAACAUGACCGCCACAAUUUAUGUCAAAAUUGUCAAAUUUAUAGAGGAAGAAAUGACAAUUCCAACAAAAUAUGGGAUGAAACAAAGAAGACAAGCAAUCUGUGCUGACAACACUGCCUGCAAAAAAAUGUCCUUGUGGGGACAUUCCAUUGCUGUGGUAGAGGAAGGCAAAUAUUACAAGAUAAAAAAUGUCAUUUCCAAUAACUUCAAUGAUGAAAUGUGGAUCAAUACCUGUGCCACCACCAAGAUCACAGAGAUAGACAAUUAUGGUCAAGUUAUGAUGGAUCAUUCCUUGCUGCUUAAUGAACUAAAACAGAUCAGUAUUGGACAAAUAACUGUCACUAAAUCAACAAAAUGCAGUAACCAAAAAUGCAUGAAGGCCAUUGAAGUAACCAGUGCUGACCCAACAAUCAAAUGUGACACCUGCAAAAUGAAGCAGAGAGUGCAAAAUCUUCACAAAUCAACCAAAGCAGUCAUAAACACAACAGACAACAUUUCUUACACAAUCUUUGAACCCCAGUUAAAGUCUUUCCUAGAAGCAGAAUCUCAACAGGACCUCAUAGAGGAUUGUGACAGUCUAGAGGAUUACAUACUGAAUGUCAACAACUUUUCAGUAGAAAUCAACCAGAAUAACAACAUUCUGUCAUUUGCCAGAUGUGCCAUUUGAAAUUUCCAUGAUUCAAGACAUUUUUAGUUCCUAAUUAUUUUUUGUUUUUUCUCCAUGUAUAAUAGAAGACAAUAUACAAAAUUUUAUUUUAGAUUGAAUUACAUGAACAUGACAAACAGAGCUUUUGUCAAUAUCAAUUAUUUUACUUCUUCCAGCAGAAAGAUAUUUAUGCUUGUGUUUUCUUGACAAUUGCACAAUAUUGUACCACAGUGAUUGUUCAUGUCAAUUGUUUAUUGCUCUUAGAAUUAAUACAUUUAAAAACUAUUAUUGUCAAAAGAUAGUUUACGAUGGACGAAUUUUUGUUGUUACUUAUUCUGAAGAAGUCUACAAUAUUAGAGCAUAAAAAUUAGGUUAUGAAACAUUUUUGAAUAAAAACUGCAAUGAAUGCUUACCAUAAAUUUUUUUAAAUACAGACUAUCAAGAAUGUUUUGAUUGUUGUUACUUAUUCUUAAAUGAUAAGAAAUAAAUCUGCUUAUUGCAUCAUACAUGUAUGUACAAUGUACAUAAUACAAAAGUUGACAUUUCUACCUCAUUAUUACAUUAUCAUUACUUUUUAUGCCAAUCAUGCUAACUAAUAAAAAUAUAAAAAUUUUCCCACGUCUGCAUGUAUCUCAGGAAAUUCAAUAAUGUUCUGUACCUAACUAUUGUUUUUUUAAUCAAAAUUUAAUUAACCUUAAUCCAAACCAUGUUCACACUGCCCAUAGGAGACAUCUUAUGUGUACACAGGAAUUAUUUACAUCUUUGAAAUCAUGCUAAUCAAUUGUUAAAAGUUUAUUAAAUUCUAGAUUGAAAAGUUAAUUAAUAGCUGGAAAUGUUUCUAGAAUAAAGGUUGUAUUUAUUUAUCAUCGAUAUACAAAAUUUCAAUUCAACUUGUUUCAAACUUGUUUAAACCUCAAUGUGAACAUGGCCUUAUACAUUUCUACAUGUAUACAUGUAUACAUGCAAUUUACUUGGUCUAAUAUAUAUGUAGACUAUACUUGUGUAUGUAAAAAAACUUUGGCCUAAUAUAUAUGAAGAUUUUAAUUGUGUAAAUGUAUAUAUUUUUAAGUUUUGCUUUAUUUUUAUGUUUUUGAACAUCAUUUGACAAGCAAGGGGCCAAAUAAGCAUUUUUGUACUUUCCAGUUAAUAAGCAUAUAAAUCUCUCUGAAAUUAUAUCACAAGUUUCCAUACUACAAAAGGAUAAUUAUGGCUCAAAUCACAUAGCCAUUAGGAAUAAAAAGACAAAAAAACAAGUUUUUUUUUCUGUUUGGAGGACAGUUUUAAAACACUGUAAGGGAGGUAAUCAAAUUAAAUUUAAACAAUACUGUUAUAUAUAUAUAAAUAUAUGAUUGAUUACUUGUUACCUCCCUUGCACUGCUUGAAAAUUAUGUAUUGAGAAAUGAUGAUUGUUUUGACAUGUGUAGCUGUAAAUUAAUUUUUAGAAAUUACUUUGAAUAUUCUGUCCAUACUUGAUACAACCGUCACUGCUUGACCUCUACAGAUCAUCUGUUUUUUUUAAAUACAAUACCUCUGUAUUCUUUGAUUUUGAUAUUGUAUUUGAUACUUGCUUUAUUACUGCUUGAAUUACCUCUAUAACAUAAUAUACACUUUUUUUUAAUUAUCAAUAUGUAAUUGUUAAACAACAGUCUAAAAAUACUUAUAAAGAUGCUAACACAGCCUCAAUUUUACAUUUUACACUUCUAAAUCAUUAUAUACUCUUUUUAAAG